AUGAUGAUGAUAACAAACGAUAGCGAUUACGACAAGGAUGAUGAGGAGGGCGGUCGUGGAGAUUCCCAUUAUAACGAAGAUGAUGUGGUGAUUUUGGAUGGAUGCUAUAAUGAUGAAAAUGAUAAUGAUAAGAGGGAUUAUGAUAAUUUUAUUAGUGAUGAUGAUGAUGAUCCUAAUCAUACGCUUGUGCUGAUGAUUUUGCACUUUCUGUUUCCAGCAGAGACCCAAGGCAAGGGUCAGGUUGCAUGGCGUAUUUUCACCUGA